AUGGAGGAUCAGCCGGAUAUCCAGAUGCAACUUGGAGAAGGGCAAAUACAGCCUAAGACAGAACAACCAGAAAUUUCAGUCCUAUCGACAACACCGCUAGAACCCAGUAGCGAUUUUUACAAUACUCCCUUAACUGGCCAGACUCCUGUCUAUCCUGCGAAUAACACGACCUCGAAUUCUGACGAAGCCACAAUCGAGUCCGAAACUAAGCCUGCACCUCCGACGGACGGCCAAAAUACGGAAAAUACUCAACAGAAUGGUGAUCUUGCGAACAAAGUAGCCAGCACUGCUGAACAAAAUCUUGGUGCGCAUCAAAAUGAAGAGGUACCGACGACAGACGCUAUGGAGACCGAUCAACCCGCAGCGGACCAGCCUACUACAACCGAAGAAGAACAUCCGGAGUGGGAGAUUGACUCCUCACCGUACGAAUCAUCAUCAGAUAGCUCUACAGAUUCCUCCGACGACAGUGAUGAAGACGAAGAGGACUAUCCCAUUUUAUCAGCUGAGGAAACAGCUCGGAUACUUAUGCAGGCAGAAGGCGGCUCAGAUGAUGAAGGUGACAACAAGGCCGGUGGUGGAUCUCAGUUGCGAACGGCCAACGAACAAAUCGAGGAAGCGCCUCCGAUCCCCGAUAUAAAGGUGACCGAGGAUAUGAAGAUUGUACCGCUCGGUCAUCUCGAAAGCCAUGUGGAAAAUCUUAUACUUAUUAAAGCCACCGUGUCUGGGGACUAUCAAGUUCUCGAAAGCAACUCCCUCCUCUGUCUUGAGGAUAGGACUGUUAUUGGUGUGGUUGCAGAUACAUUGGGAAGAGUCGAGGAACCUCUUUAUACAGUUAGAUACCAAGACCCGACGAAGAUUCAGGAGCUUGGCCUUGAGAAGGGAAAACAGAUUUUUUACGUCGAGAGCCAUUCCGAAUUUGUCUUCACACAACCCCUCAAGGGAAUGAAAGGUAGCGAUGCUUCCAACUUUCACGAUGAAGAGGUUGGAGAAGAUGAGAUUGAAUUCUCGGACGACGAAGCGGAAGCGGAAUACAAGCGAAGGCUGAAACAGAAGAAGAAGGAAAGGAAAGAUGGCGGGAAACCGAGAAACGCUCCAGGACCCUCGCCGCUUAGUAGAGGUGAAUUGAACUACGACGAUGAUGGAGAUAGAGCAACUGAGGAUGGCUAUACUCCUUUGGCUCGUCCUAAGAAUUACCACGAGAUAAUGAACCAUCCAGAAGCUCAUACGGAGUCAUCGUCUUCAUACCAGAAUAACAGAGGCAACUUCCGAGGCAGAGGGCGUGGCCGAGGAGGCUUCGACAGAGGCUCCGGACGUGGUAGAGGCAACGAUAGACGCGGACGAGGCAACCAUCACAAUAACUAUUCGCAAGAUAAUAGCCAUCGUGCAGACUACUCUCGCGAGAAUUCUGCUACACCUCAAUACCAGAAUUAUUCUGCACCCCCAGCAGCUUUACCUUCAGUGGCAUUCCCAGCUCAACAAUACAGUCAAUAUCCAUCUUUCCCACAACCUCCUCAACAACCUCAGUUCCCACAAUUCGGACAAGCACAAACAGCAGGAUUGCCACAGUUCCCGUUCCGGCUGCCAUUUCAGCAGACUCCGUACCAGCAGAACACGUAUCAGCAAAAUCCUUAUCAAAGCGUACCGGCUGGUGCUCAUAUAAACCCAGCAUUCUUCGCUGCGCUGCAACAACAGUUACAACAACAACAACAGCAACAACAGCAGCAGCCGCAACAGCCUGUUGCUCCUCCUGUACCACAGAAUCAAUCGGCAUUCAGUCAAGUACAAGAGCAAUUGGAUAUCUUACGGCAGUUGGCGGCUUCUAGAAAUGCUAAUCCGCCCCAAUAG